AUGAACUCUCCCGCAGAGUCUGACCGUAUCACCCGUCCCACCGACCCGGACGGCCUGGUCCUCGAAGCCUGGGGCCAGGGUCUCAUGGUCGGGUCGCUGGUCGUGAUGGCCGCAGUCACUAUCAGCAAUAUGAGGAAGCACAUUCUGCUACACAAGCUGAUCUUUGCAGAGCUCAUCCUCGCUAUCCCCCACGGCACCUGGAUUUUCUCCAAGGAACCCAUCUAUGGGUGGCACCUGUCUGCCAGCGCAAUCGGGCUUAAUGUAUCAUGGUCUCUACACAACGUCAUUGCCUGGAUGAAGAACAGGCCCUUCUUCUCAAAGCGAGUCUCGAACAUCUACAUCAUCACUGUCCUGCUGGUGCAGCCGUACUGGGUCCUAGAGAUCUAUGCGAAUUUUACGUAUUUCAAUAAUGUCAACAAGAUAUUUUUGACGACCAGGCCUUUGGAGCCGCUAUUUCGGGAGCUGGUAACAAUUAGUCCGCGGUUCGGAAUUAUGCUCGCCUCAAUGUGCCUCUCGCUUGCAUUUGUUGUCGUCGAUGAAUGUAGUGUCCUCGGUGUCUUUAACAGUGCAUCGCUUCCUUCAGGGGUCCAGCCGUUCUGGAAGUUGUCGUUUAUAUUCAAGUGUCUUUGCGAUACGGUGAUCCUCGAUGACUUUAAGACCGCGCUUGAUCGGAUGCGGGAUUAUUGGUUUCAAAAGCAGGUGAGGGGUGGCGAUAUCAUUCUCCAUGGAGGCGAUGGGCAUCGUCGUCUGGGUUAUUCUGGAAGGGCUGUGGGUGACGAAGAUUAUGAUAUCGAGAUGAUGUCUAAUGGUGCGCAGCAGGGAAGUGACUUCGGAAAGGGGACCUCUGACAGCUUUCCGCAUGCAGAGUUCACGCAGUCUGAUGCGCCUUAUGCUGCUUUGGAAUGCCACACUUUCAGUAAUACCCAGAUUCCCACUUUAUGGUAA